AUGAUGCGGCAACUCCACGCUUUACAACACGCACUUCCCCUGCUCUUCUCUAUCACCUCGACAGUCCUCGGAAAAGAAGACAAAUACUACAACGCAGGAUUGAACUACCGUCCUGAGAACAUCACUGGGUUAGAUUACUACUAUUACCCAUGGAAAGGGUCAUACUACAAUGGAACUGUAGCAUUCACAAUAUCAUCCAUCUCUUUCCGGGAAGACUACAACUAUGAUGACGAGAAACUCUGUUCCCGCCUUUCAAACGAUUACACUUACACUUUUUCCUACCCGGGACUUCUAGGCAUAACACCCACCGAAGGUGGGGACGAGAGACCCCAAAACACAAACCCGCUCAACGUCAUUCUCUCGACCUCAUAUUCGAAUUUCACGAAGUAUUUCAGUGAUUAUAAUGAAAACGGUAGCAUGCAGAUUCGGGAUGAGUUUUGGAUUUUUGAGUCGAUUGAUUUCUCUGGGGUUGGAGGCUCUCCCUUCCGCGUACUGGGUACCUCUGACUUUGGGGAGACAAAUCUCCUCGGGUUUCGGAUGAACAUGAGUUCCUGCACGAACUCGGUAUCCUGGUGGGAUGCGCAGUGGGCAUCAGAAGACUGGGACGACGAUGAAAUAGAUGUGGAGAACGCGACCCUCACUCUAACGUUCGACUCGCAUUCGGCGAAUUUCAUGCUCCAGGGGUAUAUUUAUGCGCAGGUAUUGAACAAGGAUGAAGAGGAGGAGACGCUGCCGAUAGACGCAAAAAUCAAAGUGGAGUUUUUAGGGAAUCAUGACGAUGCAAGAUCGGAUAUUUUGAAUGAGGGAGUCCCAGUGAGUUGGACUUCGACCGUUGGGUUCGGGAACAAUUCGGCGAAUAUUGAUUAUGAGACUGGGGGCGCGGGCCCUGUGUAUGGGAUGCUGCCGGGCGGUUUGGUUUGGGGUCUUGUUGGAUUCGUUGUGGGGGUUGGAUUUUUAUGA